UCUGCUGCUGAGUGGGAGCAUACCUUUUUUACCCCUUAAAUAUAUUAAUAUUUUUUAUUUUUUUUAGUAUUUAUUAAUAUUUUUGAUUAUUUUUUGGGGUGGAUGGGAUGGAAAGGAUAGAGAUAAUACCUUGUGCUAGCAGACAUUUCUACCACCAUAUUCUUCUCAUCUUGCUUUCACAGAUUCUUGUUGCAUAGUGUCCAGAAACAAGCCUUUUCUUCUUACCUGCUUUUUUCUCAUUGUUGUUCAUUUGUUACUGCUAUCUUUAAUCCUUCAUGUAAUAUUAUCUCACUGCCUAGUAGUCCUUCAGUUUGCUUGCUUGAGUUUGAAAUGAGGGUCAAACUCAACACCCACAUGAUUGAUUAGUUUCUUCAUCUGUGAUUUUAGGAAUUUAAGGAUACCUCCUAUAAGGUAGAUUUGCUUUCAGAUCUUUUCUCUGGCUUCUUGUUUUGCUCAACUUAAGGCUCCUGGUGUUCCUGAUUUGAUUUCUACAAAGUUGUGAGAAUCUUUGUUCGGCUGUUUUGGGCCAUUUCUCCAUCUGGGUUUUAGUUGGUAGCUAACAUGAUAAAACAAAAAUUCUGUUCGGGAAUUUUGAAGGUUUCUUGAUUCUUAUUUUUGGUGGGUAUUUGGGGAUAUCUUAUCUUACUCCAAUCCUGGUUUUUCUAGCAGUCCAAUUCUGAAGCAAUUUGGGUGGAUAAGAUAGCAUAAUCUUUAGUUUCUUGCUUACUUUUUUGGUGGUCGGUAGGCUCUUCCCAUUCAUGCUUCCUCUUAGUUUUGUCUUUCAAGGUUGAAUCUUUUUUUUUUUUAAUUUAAGUUUUACUAGGACAGUUUCUGUAGAUUUGACACUGGUGGGUUCCUUACAGUUCAUUUUUUUCUUUUGAUAAGUCAGAACCAGUUCAAUUUGGCACUGUUUGAACUUAACUUUUCCUGGUUACUGGUGUGGAUGAGUUUGCUCCAUGUAAUUCGAUUUGGCUUGAAGGUGGGGCACGUAAUUCUGAUGCUAUGUUGCUCGAUUGUGUCUGUGAUUUCCAUGAAUUGGUUCAUUAAUGGACUCAUGGAUGCCAAGACUGGUUUGCUUGGUGAUGGUGGGAAGAUACGGCUCAAAUUGUGGGAGAAGAUCUCAGUGAACAGUUACAAGAUCCACCAUCUUUACUACCAAUAUGUUUUGUCCAAGAGAGCAAGAAAACCCUGGUGGAAGACACUUCUGGUCACUUGGGUUGUUUUGGGGAUCAUAGUGUCUUUCUGGGUCUUCUUUUACAUGAGCUCUCAGGCCAUGGAAAAGAGGAAAGAGACCCUUGCAAGUAUGUGUGAUGAGAGGGCUAGGAUGUUGCAGGAUCAGUUUAACGUGAGCAUGAACCAUGUCCAGGCCAUGUCCAUUUUGAUAUCAACAUUCCACCAUGGCAAGAGCCCUUCUGCUAUUGAUCAGAUGACUUUUGCGAGGUACACAGAAAGAACUGCUUUUGAGAGACCCCUCACAAGUGGCGUGGCAUAUGCUGUAAGGGUGCUCCACUCCGAGAGAGAACAAUUUGAGAAGCAACAAGGGUGGACUAUUAGGAGAAUGGAUACUCUCGAGCAAACCCCAGUUCAUAAGGAUGAGUAUAAUGCAGAAGCCUUGGAGCCAUCCCCAGUUCAGGAGGAAUAUGCCCCUGUUAUUUUCGCACAGGAUACCAUUGCUCAUGUGGUCUCCCUUGAUAUGCUCUCAGGCAAGGAGGAUCGUGAAAAUGUGUUGCGUGCAAGAGCAUCAGGGAAGGGGGUUCUCACUGCUCCUUUCAGGCUAAUCAAGUCAAACCGCCUUGGAGUUAUACUGACUUUUGCAGUCUACAAAACUGAUCUUCCAUCCAAUGCAACUCCAGAUGAGAGGAUCCAAGCAACUGAUGGGUACCUUGGUGGAGUCUUUGAUAUUGAAUCACUUGUGGAGAAAUUGCUUCAACAGCUUGCAAGCAAACAAACCAUCUUGGUGAAUGUGUAUGAUACCACUAAUGUGUCACACCCUAUCAGCAUGUAUGGUUCAGAUGUAUCAGACAUGGGGUUGCAGCGUGUUAGUGCCCUUAACUUCGGGGAUCCAUUCAGAAAGCAUGAGAUGCGUUGCAGAUUCAAGCAAAAAACUCCCUGGCCAUGGCUUGCAAUAACAACCUCAAUUGGUAUCCUUGUGAUUGUGUUUCUAGUUGGGCAUAUAAUCCAUGCAACAGUAAAUCGAAUUGCCAGAGUUGAGGAUGAAUGCAAUGUGAUGAAGGAGCUUAAAAAACGUGCUGAGGUGGCUGAUGUUGCGAAAUCACAGUUUCUUGCCACGGUUUCUCAUGAGAUCAGGACCCCAAUGAACGGUGUUCUAGGGAUGUUGGAUAUGCUCACGGACACUGAUCUAGAUGUAACUCAACUAGAUUUUGUCAGAACUGCACAGGCCAGUGGAAAAGCUUUAGUUUCGAUUAUAAACGAAGUUUUGGACCAGGCAAAGAUUGAAUCUGGUAAACUUGAGCUGGAGGCAGUAGGGUUUGAUCUGAGAGCAAUUUUGGAUGAUGUUUUGUCGCUCUUUUCUGGAAAAUCUCAAGAUAAAGGAGUAGAGUUGGCAGUUUACAUCUCUGAUAAGGUCCCUGGGAUGCUGAUUGGUGAUCCAGGGAGAUUUCGGCAGAUUAUGACAAACCUAAUGGGCAACUCAAUCAAAUUCACUGAGAAAGGACACAUCUUCGUAACUAUCCAUCUUGUUGAGGAGGUGAUGGACUCCUUAGAAGUUGAGACAGAAUCUCUCUUAAAGAACACAUUGAGUGGGUUGCCAGUGGCAGAUAGAUGCCAGAGCUGGGUAGGGUUCAGAACUUUCAGUCAAGAGGGACCGCCUUUUCCUUCCUCAUCAUCCUCAUCUGAUUUGAUCAAUCUAAUAAUAUCAGUAGAGGACACAGGUGUAGGGAUUCCUUUGGAAGCCCAACCUCGUGUAUUCACUCCCUUCAUGCAGGUUGACCCCUCCAUUUCGCGAACGCAUGGCGGCACAGGUAUUGGGCUAAGCAUAAGCAAGUGUUUAGUCAACCUCAUGAACGGUGAAAUUGGGUUUGUAAGCUUGCCAAAGAUUGGGUCCACCUUUACUUUUACUGCUGUCUUCAGCAAUGGCUGCUUGAAUUCACACGAGCGCAAGAAGCAACAAAUCAUCAACCAUUCUAACUCUGCUUCUUCAGAAUUUAGGGGCAUGAGAGCAUUGGUUGUGGAUCCCAGACUUGUCCGGGCCAAAGUGUCAAGAUACCACAUCCAGCGGCUUGGAAUUUAUGUUGAAAUAGUUUCUGACUUGAAUCUUGGGUUUUCUUACCUAAGCAAUGGAGAGAAAGUCAUCAACAUGGUCCUGAUUGAGCAGGAAGUUUGGGAAAAAGACAUGAGCUCAUCAGCUUGCUUUAUGGAUAAUCUAAGGAAAAUUGAUCGCUGUGUUUCACCGAAACUGUUUCUACUAGCUAACUCUAUCUGCUCUACCAGUAGUAGUGUCACAACUUCAGGUGUUUCUAGCCCUUUGAUCAUCAUGAAGCCCCUGAGAGCAAGCAUGCUGGCUGCAUCCCUCCAACGAGCAAUGGGCGUUGGAAACAAAGGGAACUACCGCAAUGGAGAACUCCCCACUCUCUCUCUUCGCAGUCUUCUCCCUGGAAGAAAAAUUCUAGUUAUAGAUGACAAUAACGUGAACCUUAGAGUUGCUGCUGGUGCACUGAGGAAGUAUGGUGCUGAUGUGGUCUGUGCAGACAGUGCGAAAAAGGCAAUCUCAUCGCUACAUCCUCCCCACCAAUUCGAUGCCUGUUUCAUGGAUAUCCAGAUGCCAGAAAUGGAUGGGUUUGAAGCUACAAAGAGAAUUCGGGACCUGGAAUACAGCAUAAAUAAGCGCAUUCAAGAGGGAGAAAUAUCAAUCGAAGCUUACAACAACAUUUCAAGCUGGCAUGUGCCCAUUUUAGCUAUGACUGCUGAUGUGAUUCAGGCCACACACGAAGAAUGCCUCAAGUGUGGAAUGGAUGGAUAUGUUACAAAACCUUUUGAAGCUGAACAGCUUUAUCGAGAGGUUUCGCGAUUUUUCCGUAUAUCGAAUCAGAACUUAUAGACAAGUCCUGCGGUGAAGGCUUCUGAUGACAAAAGCAGAAAGUGCCUGCUCUUUGAGGACUUGGGGAAUAUUUACAUGGCUUCAGAAUUUUUCCCAAGAGAAACAUUUUUGUUUCAUUGACAAGAGUGUAAAUACACGACAUUUAUUUGUGGGGGGAUUCGUAUAUGUAGAUUGCUUUGUCGGCCAGAUAACAAAACCGAUUCGUGUGACCAUGUAUUUCCAAGCUUUCAGCAGAGACUACAUGUGCAAAAAAAAAAUCCUGAGACCAGAAAUGGAGAAGUCCUUUGCCUGAUAGACUUGGGUGUAUAGUAGAAGCUCUGGGGUUGCAUGAUCUUCCCCUGUAAGAAUAAAGGUUGCAAUUGCUUGAAUUGAUCUUGCACUUACUCUUUUUUCUUCCUCAUCCUCAGGAAAAGUAGUGUACUGUAGAGAUUGAUCUUAGACGAUAGUAUGAAAGAUAGCUUCUUCCCAACAAAGGGAAGAAUGCCUCAUGUAUAUGGUAGCCUCAAUAAAUACAAUAGUUAUGUAAUCAUACAAACAUUUUUCUCACUGGUUUUGUUCUGUGAUGGUACCAAAACUUGUGGUCAGUUAAAACUUGAUGUAACUAUUAUGGUGUAUAAACUUACCGAGUAAUCUCAUAAUUUUUGUUAGGUUUGUACAUUACUGAGGAAUUCUAUGCAACCUUUAUUUCUAAAUAGAAGCCUGUUUAUCAGGGGAUUGCAUCCUUGUCUCAGGGGACCAUCACAGUGGUUUGGGACUGAAUGUUCGGGCAAUCGCGUGAGAAGAAUCUUAUCCAGUUGGUGUCAACUUACUGCACCCAGAAAAUUGAAUCUGCUUUUUUAUCGAUUCUUUGCUCUGCUUGGCACUUUCUCUUGCCCAAGAUUCUUUCCAAGUUACUUGGACAAAGUUCACUAGGGCCUGGAAUCAACGAACCACUCAUAUAGUUAUGUAUGUCCAGCUUGAUUCAGUUUUUAAAGAGGUCACAACAAGAACAGUUUAGCUCUUAGUUUGAAGCAUGGUAACGCCUUGUAAUAACAGCCCCCACCCGGCAGGUCGCAUGCUUUUGUAUAAUGUCUGCAUUACCAAAGUGAAUUAAUAUGCAGGCAAGUGGAUGUGGUCACUUUAGUUCAGCUGCUUGGUGGAUAAGAUUAAAAUCUCGAGCUUUCUCGUAGAUAAGGUUGUAGCAUAGUCCUUUUUUGAACUCAGAAAUAGCUUUUACUUUCUGCAAGAUGAAUGGCGCUGGACUUUAACAAUGUUAUCUAUAUGGUCUAUAAAGGUUGUAGAACAUAAAGCAAUUGC